AUGACCCAAUUAUUCUAAAAUAAAAGGAAUUUUCAAGAGCCAAAAAUCUUACACCAAGAAACCAUAAGUGUUGAUUUAUAAAAGUGGAAUCAAACCAGCCUGUAGCAUGUUAAAGAAAAAAUUUAGAUUUUAAUUACAAAUGAUAAUUAUAUCAUUUAUUAAUCAUAAGAAGGAAUAAUUUUAAGAAAGUAUUUCAAUAUUUAUUAGUUUUAAAAAGAGAAUUGAUAAAUGACGAUUUCAAUCCAGAAAUUUUUCAUAAUUUGGAACAGAUCCUACAUUUACGAUGGUGGGGCCAAUUUGGAAAAAAUCAGAAAAAAUAAGGUAAAUGGACAGCCACUUGGAAUGGUGAAGCUCUUUUCGAAGUUGGUGGAUACUACUAGGAUGGAUUAAAGGAAGGUUUAUGGACUGAACCUUUUAAGGAUUACAGAACGUAAAAAUAAAUAAGUUAAAAAAAAUAGCAAAGCUCAAGUAUAUGAAAGUGGAUAAUAUUUUCACAAUUAAAAGGUUGGAAGAUGGUUAUAUUAUUAUAAAUAAAACUAAAUGUAUAAUUAUAGCCAGAAUAUUUAGUGGAGGUGGUUUAUACAACAAGUAAGGAUAAAGGAAAGGGAAAUGGAUUGUUUUAGGAGAAGGAUUUUGGGAUUAAUCUUAAGUGACAUAUUCUGGUGAAUAUCGCGCUGGUAACAAAGUUGGUAAUUGGGAUAUUUGGCUUGAUUGGAAUGAGAGGAGUAGGAAAAUGUAAAUAUAUAUUAUGUAGUAAAAUUUGUAGUGGUGGUGGAUGUUAUGAUAAAGAAGGCCAUGGAUUUAAAUAAGGUUAUUGGGUAGAGGUUUCAGAUAGAUUUGAAAUUUUAUCUUAAGUAACAAAUAUUGGUGAAUAUAAACUCGGUAAAAAGGUCGGUAAAUGGGAUAUUUGGCAUAGUAAUUUCGAAUAAAAUAAAAAGAUGUAAAAAUAUUGUAUACUCAUAUGCUUAUUAGUGGGGGUGGAUUAUAUGAAAAAAGUGGUACUGAAAUUAAGGUAGGUUAUUGGAUAGAAAUUUCUGAUCAAUAUACCAAUUUUUUUUAACUAAUGUAUCAUGGUGUUUAUAAAAAUGGUAAAAAGAUCAACAAAUGGAAUACUAAGAAAAAUGAUGGAUAAGAAAAUUAAAAGAUGUAAGAAAGUACAUAUGUAGUUAAUCUUUCUGUCUUUAGAGGUGGUGGAUGUUAUGAUGAUAAAGGGGAUGGAAUGAAGGUUGGUAAGUGGGUAGAAGUAUCAGACAAAUUUCCAAGGUAUCCCGGGAUAACAUAUAAUGGUGAAUAUAAAAAUAAUAAAAAAGUUGGUAAAUGGGAAAUAUUUUGGAAUAAUGAGGAAGAUAUUAAAUAAAUGUAAGAAAAUAGAUAUAUAUAUUAAUGUCUGUAUUUAGUGGUGGUGGAUUUUAUGAUGAUGGAGGAGAUGAAUUGAAGUUUGGUAAGUGGGUGGAAGUAUCCGACGGAUUUCACGUGUAUUCUUAAGUAACUUAGGUUGGUGAAUAUAAACUUGGUAAAAAGGUUGGGAGAUGGAAUAUAUGUUAUAGUGAUUCAGAAGGAAAUAAAACGAUGUAAAAAUAUUCUAGUUAAUGCUUGUUUUUAGUGGUGGUGGAUUAUAUGAAGAAAGUGGUACUGAAAUUAAGGUUGGUAAUUGGUUGGAAAUUUCUGAUGAAUUUACAUCUUACAUUUAAGUAAUGUAUUAAGGUGAAUAUCUAAAUAAUAAAAAAUGCGGUAGAUGGGAUAUUUGGUUUAAUUUUUUAGAAAAUUAGAUAAUGUAUUAUAAUAAUAAAGUGUUUCUGUUUUAGUGGUGGCGGAACUUAUGAUGAAGAAGGCUAUGGGAUUAAAUUGGGUAAUUGGGUGGAAUUGUGGGAUGAAUUUCAAAUUUUAUCUUAAAUUAUGUACAAUGGUGAAUAUAAAAACGCUAAAAAAGUUGGAAAAUGGGAUUUGUUGUAUAGGUAUUAUGAUGAAAGUGAGUUUAAAUUGAUGUAAAAAGUUUCAUCUAUAUUUAUGAAUUAUAAUUCAUUUUUAGAGGUGGAGGAUAAUAUAAUAGUGACGGGAUAAAGGAUGGUUAUUGGGUGGAAAUAAAUAAUGGAUUUUAAUGGACUUCUGAAAUAAUAGAUGAUGGUGAAUAUAAGAAAGGUAAAAAAGUUGGAAAAUGGAGCCAAUAGUAUCGAGACUGGAACAAAAUAGAAGAAGGCUUUAUUAAGAUAAAAGAAAUUAUAUAUGAUAAUUGA